UGCGUAAAGACGGCACUGAAGCAGGUAAAGCUCGUGCAUGGUAAUAGGAAGAGAACAGGAACGACAGGCAGGGGUGCGGCGAGGUUCUUUUGGUCCACGAAGCCGCGAAGGUGCACAUAGUGAAGUUUAGCGCGCUACCGUGUAACUCACGAGAGACAAACUUGAAAAGUGUUGAUGAUCUUCGCGCGCGAUGUCGUUGCUUGAGAGAAAGAAAAUAAAUAUAUUGUUAUGUUAUAUUUGAGGUUUGUUUUAUGUUAAAAACGCGGGUUUAAAAAAUCAACAACGAAGGGGAUAUAUCUCUUGAGGAGAAAGGAUAACGUCGUCUGCAAGACCAUGCAGCACACACACCUGAGAGAAUAUUCGACUCGAGAGAGGCGCUCGGCUUUUGACCGUGUCGUGAACGCUUUAGCCUUGACUGGCGCCAACUAGCCUGCCUGAUCAACCACGUACAACUUAUCUCUUUUAAUACUUUCCUGCCUGGCAAAACUCGCUCGUAUUCUCUCAAAGGAAUCUAGGUCUCUCAAAAUCGAGAAAAACGAAAUCAUGAGAAGUCAAAGGGAAACUAGAAUUUGUGGCUAAAAAUUUGUUCUUAACGUUCCAAGAUGUCGACGGAAGCUGUUCGCAUCUCUCCCGAGGAAGAACAGGGAAAAUUGAAAACCGAUUUUCAGUAUUUGAGACGACGUGGCGCAUUCAAGGCUUCGGGGGAAAAUUUUUAUCAGGGCCGUAAGUGCGCCAGAUGUGGAGUAUCGUUUGGUAGAUUUUACAAUACCGGCGCCGUGUGUCCACGUUGUAAACAUCGAGUAUGUAGACAAUGUCGAGAAAUACAAAACGUCAACGAGAACAAUAAGGGAACAAUCGGUAUCGAUUGGCUGUGUGCAGUAUGUCAUAAACUUGCAAAAUUGCACGCGGACACUGGCGAAUGGACAUUUGAGAACUCGAUCGUGAAGCACACUGCCGGAAGGGAGAAUUCUCUGUCGCCUCUUGAUAUCCUCAAAUACAGUAUCCGUCGUGCCUGGACCAUAAAUGGACCACCAGCACAAUGGCCAGGAGCGAGAAAGUCACCUGAGUUUAGAAUUUAUCGAAGUCUGCCAAUUCGUUGUCCAAACUUUUACCACGAUCACGAGGAUCAAUAUAGCGUAGAAGCGUCGACUAUUGAAGAAUUAAAAAACUGUGAAAAUGAAAUAAUUUCCAACAAUGAUGAUGAUAAUGAUGAAAUUAAGAAGAAUUUUCAUUUCACGGACAAUGAGAGUGGCAAUAAAUCAUUAUUAUUGAACAAUGAUUCUAAUGUGACUUUAAAACGUAACGAAAAGUCAAAUAAAUGUUCAAUCAAGGGGAAAAAUCAAAAUUUGAGUGUAAAAUCGAGAAUAAUUGAUGAAGUAAUUUCUCCUGAUCAAAUUUCUUCUUCUUCAACUUCUUCAUCUCCUCGGGUCUCAUUGUUAAAACCACCACGAUUGUUCGCUAAAUUUACUACAAAUCCUGAGGUGAAAUCAUCUGGUAAGCAUGGCGAGAAAAAAUCCAAUAUUCCAAUUUUUCGAAGAAGUUCCAAGGAGUUUGAGGAUAUCAAAAGUCCACAAGAGUCACCGAAACGCUCGCUGAUUCCACAGAGGUACAGAGGAAGCACUGACGAUUUAAGGAGAAGCAGGGAGGAUAUCAGUGUUCCGAGUUUUAUUCCAAAAUUAUUGUCACCGAGGAAUAAGGAGGAAAAAUUGAAACGUCAAGAUAGCAAGGACGAUAUUCGUCAUAUCGGUGGAUCAAAUCGACGGCAGAAGGAAGCAACAAAAGAUGAAAUAGCAACAAUCAAGUCGUUGCCUUGUCAGAGUUCAUUGCGAGAUGAUGUUAAAGGAGUGAGAUUUUUUCGACGAGAAAGCAAAGAGGACGUAGGCAGGGAGAGCGCCACCACUAUUACGAACAGCUGCGUGACCAAAGAAAGGCCGUUGUGUAAGAAAGAGUUAUGGACCGAGGAAUGCGUGGGUGAUACGACGACUUGGUCAAAAUCGACUUUAACUGAAUCCGAAUGCAAAAAAGAAGAAAACGCAGAAUUGUCAGUUACGACAAGUUAUGAAUUAAACGAGAAUAAUACUCGUGACGAGGAUAAUAAUUGUGUUUCCAUGAUAAUGGCCAAUGAAUUGAAAACGGAAGAUCGAGUCGAUGAGGAAAAUGCUGUGAAAUCAAAUAAAAGUGAAGAAAGUGCGGGAAAAAAUACUGAGCACGAUGAUGAGAAAAUUAAAGAGAAGAAAAUUCUUGUUGAGAAGGAAUUUGAUGAGGAGAAAAAUGAAGAUUUCAAGAGUUUCGAACAGAUUCAAGAAGAAUUAAUUGCUGGCAAUUAUGCUAAUCCGGUGACUUUAGGGGAAAUGAAAAUUGUGCCUGAUGUCACGAGUCCUGGGAAAAAAUGCGAAGACUUCCAAGUGAUAAGAAGAAAAUUUUCUAAAGAAGAGUUUUCGAAUCCUGAUGAUACUGACGACAUUCCUAACAGACGUUGCUCAAGUCAUCUUUCGCCAGAGGCAAGUCCUUUAAGUACGAGAUCAUCAAAGUAUAGUCCAAGAGAAAGUGAGAGUGAACCAACUCCUGCAUUACCGAGGAAAACUGGAGGCGGUGAUUCUUCUUCUGCAUCACAAAGAAUACGUGACACUAUCACGAGAACGAGAAGAGAAUCUAAUAGUAGUGCAAGAUACGAGAGCAGUGGAAGCGAAAGUGUUAGAUUAGGAGAAUCUAGUUUGCACGGAUAUGCUGACAUUGCUAGAAGAGUCAAGUUCUUCAGCGGAAAUGGACUUGGACCGUCUGCAGGAAGUUGUGAUGAAGUCGUACAACGAGACAGUGCGACGAGUGCAGGUGAAGAUGAACCACACGAAGAUGGUCCAAGUAGGACAGUUCAGGGUUCUUCACAAAGUAGAGCAAUGCUCCGACGACGAAGACAAUUUGACGCGCAAGGAUCACGACGCAGAGGACGAUCACAUGCGAGGAAUUGUUGUGGUGAUGAAUUGCAGAAUCUUCAAACAUUACAUGUGAUUGGUCGGAGUGGGGGGCGACAAGUAAGCCCCCCCGGGCCAGGUUGCACCCAAGGACAAGCUCAUUCUCAAUCUCAUGUUCAGGAUUCACCAAAUGUCGAUUAUAGACGUUUGGUUUUUAUAAGUUCUGAUUCUUCGUCUGGAAGAGAAGAAGAUGAUGCCGAGAGUAGUUGUUCUGGUUCGUCGUAUUUAAAUGGAAUACCGCACGGCAGUCAUGCACAAGGAUUAGAAGACUGCGAUUGGGAUUAUUUCGAGAGUGGCACACUUCCUUUGCCAUCGGGGAUUCCUCUAGCUAUUAAUAUCAAUAAUUUAGAAACUGACACUACUGUCUCGAGUCACUGGAGCUGUUGUCCAGGUCGUGGAUCGUCUUCUUGUCAGGCUUGUGGAGGAACGCGGGGAGCGAAUGUUCUUCCAGUUCCAGUGCCAAUUCCAGUUCCGGUACCGUAUCCAGUUCCAGUGCCCGCGGCCCUUUGGAAUAGUGAUUUAGCGGCCGCUUCGUCAAUGAUAAAUCGUGAUUCAACAUUUGAGGGAAGCUUACGAUUAAGAGGUGAUCCAUCGGCUCCUUGGUUUGCUUGGCAUCCACGAUUUAAUCAACCUCUUCACGGGAGUCGUUUAGAACCUCGAUUAACUAACUUCGAUCCAGUUGCAUUUGGUUUUCAACCGGAACAUGUAUUUUUUGGUACAAUCAACAGUGAAUCAUCGGUUCUUCCAUUCCCGACAGUAAUUGAUGAAUGCCAACAGCAAGAUUCAAAAACCAGUGAAUUAAAGGUUAGUGAACCCGAGCAGAAAAUUGAAAUUAAGGAUAAUAAAGGCACAUUAACAAAAGUGGAAGAAUCUGAGGAGUGUUCGAAUGAGGAACAAGCGGAGGAGGAUAUUUCAUUUAAAGAAGCGCGAAAUCAAAGAAUGUAUCGACACUCGCGUGGUAAUUCCGGAAGUUCUUCCGGUCGCUCAUCGGCUGACAGUAGCGAUCUUGAGGAUUCUGCCUCGCAUCGUUUCUCGCGUGUAUUUGUGAUUAAUGACGAUUCGUUGACAAGUGACAAUGACAUUGAAGAUAAUGAUGAUUCGGAUUCGGCGCGAGAGGGUGGAAUCACAUUGAAAAAAGUCACUGCCCUCUCGGAAGAAGAAGAACCCGUUAUUCUCCGUUGUGUUCGAUUAUUAAAUGAAGAUGCUGAUAAAAAUGAUAAAGGCGAUGAAAAUGAAGAUAAAAUUGAUUCCGAUAAUGUAAUUGUUGAUGAUAAUUAUUGGCUUACGAAGGAUUCGACAAAAACGGAUAUUUUUCACGAUGUCAAUGAAAUUUAUGUUGCCGAUUCAAAAGACUCACUCGACUGUCGAAUUGAAUUGAAAUCAAUUAAAACGCUAGAUCCAGAGAAUUAUGAAGUCAAAAAUCAAGAUCAUUUAAUGAUUGGAGAACUCACAAGUGAAGAUGAUGAAAUAGAGAAAAAAGACUCAAUUCCUGAUUCUCUUGAGAUAUCGGAAAAAUUGGCUUCGACGCCCAUCAAUGAUAACAGUCGAAUAAAGGAAAUCGAGAGUUCACGCGACGCGGCAACGAAUCCGGGUCAGAAACCUCGAGAGGAUUCGAGCGUGAGUUCAAUAACGGAUAGCUCAACGAGCGAGACCAACACCACAGGAAGUGAGGUGAGCAGCGAUGAAUUACACGAGUACGAAGUAACGCCAGUGCGUUUCGCAUUUGGCGAUAAUAGCCGUUCAAUUCGUUGUAACAAUAAGCCGCCAAUUCUUCGCAAAAUCAAUAAUGAUCAAUUGAAAUCAAAAUUUGAAUCUUAUAAAUUUGUUCCGAAUGAAGAGGUAAAAAUAGAAGAAGAGGAAGGAGAAAUGAAGAUAGAAGAAGAGAAAGAAGGGAGAAAAUUAAAGGAAGAGGAUCGAAAGAUGAAUGAUAUAAUAAGCGGGAAGAUUGAGGAAAUAUUUAAAAGUGUUGAGAUGAGAUCGAAUGAUGAUGAUGAUGAUGAGACAAUAAACCCUGUCGCGAUAUCGGUGACGCAUGACGAAAGCGAACAGCGAGUGAGAGGUAAGUUGGCAGGCGCACGGCAGGUGGGAGAUGAGGAUAGUGGGGGUGCAGCUGGAAUCGAGCGGGGAACAGCGCGGUGUUAUUCAGUUGAGCGACUCCCGCCCACUCGGACGAAGGAGAAUGGCUUCCCUCCUGUUGUGUCAACAACAGCUCGUGAUCUUCAAAACUUUCCCCAAAAUAAUAAAUACAAGAGUCUCGUGAUGAUUACACAGGGGGCUUAUCAACCUGUGAGUGUAAUAACAUCGGAUACAACGACACUAUUGCAACCGGAUGAUGUUGCACCUGCCACGGGCCAAGGAUUGGCCGGCUAUUUCCAGCUGGCGCUGGAAGCUGUGGCUGAGCCUCGACGUUCGAAUGGCCAGGGACCACGAAAACCUCUUAUGGUGAAACGUCUAAUGUCACAACAGUCAGAGCUUGAAAUUGAUAGUGGUUUAAGUGUCGGUAGUGCAAGUGAGAACGAGGACGUGCAAUCGGUGAAAAGUGUAAUUGCAAAAUCGCGAAAUGUUGAUGAAAUGCAAAAGGAAUCAUCGAGAGUAAGAAGUGUUGUUAGUGGUGAUGAUUCUGUGACUGGUGUUGUUAUACUCGAGGAAGGACUUGCUGAUGAUGACUCGUGGGUUGAAGAAGUGUCACAUGAUGAAGAUGAGCAGAGUGCAACGACAGCAACUGAAGAAAGUUCCGAGGAUGAAUCAAAUAAUUUAGGUGAUCGUGAAGAGGAAUUGAGGGGUUAUCAUCGGCAGGCAAUUGAUUUUACAUUGCAUACAAUUGUUGAAGAAUCGUGUGAGGAGAGUGAGGCUGAACCAAAUUUUGUUGCUAAACAAAAAAAACAAAGACCACCGUCUGCUUCGGAAUUGGAGAAAUAUUUCUUUUUUGGUCUUGGUGGUGAUGGGAAUAUAAGUUGUGGAUCGAGAGAGGUUGAUAGUUUAUCCGAGACAUCGUCUAUUCAUUCAGAAGGUCUUGAGUCAUUGGGUCAAGAGGAGGCGUCUAAUUCAGGCCAAGAAAAAUCUGGAGAGUCAUUGAAUUCCUCGAGGCUUGAGAAAUAUUUUUUGUCCGAGUUUCUUGGAUUUAAUCAAGAUCGUCGUGAUUCUGAUGGAUCAGUUGGCAGUGAUUCAGAGGGACGACCGAGUCCUGAAGCGCAACGAAGAAAAAGAUUGGUACGAGCACGUGGAACUGGAAGAUCUCACAGUUCAUCGCUCGAUAAUCUUUUGGCAUUGGCACAAAAUCCAAGUUCACAAAAUUCAUUACAGGAUUUGAGUUUGAAUCAAGAUGGACAAGAUUCACAAUCCGAGGGUUCAUCAACCGAAACUGAUGUGGCGGAGGAAAAUCAAACACCAGCAUUUGGAACUGAUGGUCAAUUUGACACUGUCAAGAGAAAGAAAAAGAAGCCAAGAAAUCUUGGGACUCAAAGUCCAAGAGUUUCUGAGGAUAGAAAUAAAACUCCAGAACCGCGGGAUAUGAUUGUCACGGAAGUUCCUGAAGGCGAUGAGGAAGGGAUUAAUUCAGAUGAUGAACGAGCAAAGACACCGCAACCUGACAAUGCUCAUUUAUCUUCUCAUCUUGAUAGUUCAAGGAUUGCUCAAUUAAAUUCAAUGGAAUCGAGAUCCAAGCAACAAUCAAGAGAUUCUGGAUUUGUUGGAAGUUGUGAUGAUCUUUUGCAACAUCAGAAAUCGCCAACGGAUGGUCAAGCGCCAGAAAUUAAUCAAUCAGCUUCCAAAGAUCGAAGAAUGGAUGAAAGUCAUCGAAUACAUCGGGAGAAAAUGAGUGUCGCGAAAGUUGAUCAAACACUACCACCUGUGGCGAACGCUUCACUAUCGCGGAAAGAUAGCUUUAAUAAUUGGUCAAGUGAUGAGGAAACGAAUCUCAUGAUGUCGAAAAUGCGUCAAUUCUUCAAGACAAUGGUUGCCAAUUCAAAUGGACCAAGUUCAACGGGUAGUAAUGUUUCGAGUGGCGCAUCACCGUCGCCGAGUCCACGAUUGUCUGGUUAUACGUCAAAAAUUCGACACUGUUCACAAAAUCGUACAAAACCACCGCAAUUGGUUUAUUUUGAGAAUGAAUUGACAAGACUGAUGAAAACCGUGCCUGGAAUCAGGGACGAGCAAGUGAGAGAGAUUGUCGAGUAUCUCAGCUCCGAGGACACGUGGUCUGAUUCUUAUGACAGUUCGGAUUACACAAGUUCUGAUUUGGAAGGCGCUGCCGGUGGACGUCGUUCGGCAUUACAGGAACAAAUUUCCCAGAGUUGUCAGCAGAUUAUUAGUAAAUUUGAUACAACAUCGCGAGAUCCAUUUGAGAAGGAGAAAAGCGACAAAAUGCCAACAAAUCAACAAUGUUUGGGUAGGGAUACUGCUUUUGUUUAUCAGAAACUUGUGCAAAGUUUCACAAAAAUGGCCGGUGACACGAGUUCUGAUGCGAGUUCAACACCACACAGUAGUCCGCCAUUGAUUGCAAAAGUGAUGCAUCACAUUGGAAGUCGUUUGGUGGCUUUAAUGCACGAGGUCUCGGAAGGUGGAUCAACAGUACAACCGCAUGCCUCAUGGAGACGAUAUACGCAACAUCAUCGAACACCAUCGUCGGCCUCGACAACGGAAGACGAUGAUUCAACAUCAGAUUCGACAAAUCCAUCGUCAACAACGCAAUUGCCACGUUCCAAGUCACAUGAUCCAUUAUUGUUGAUCAAUGGACAUCCUAAUCCAAAUGCUGGACAGGAGGGUGAGGAGAGGGAAGCCAGUGAUUAUGAGAGAUUCUCGUGGAGGGGAAGUUUUGAAUCGGCUUUGAUGGCGGCGGAUUCGCGGACAAAAUUAAGUUUAUUGGCAUGUUCGGGUGAUGUUAGCGCGAGUGCAAGUGCAAGUGCAUUGGCAAUGGCUGCAAAACGUCGAAGUGCUGGAGAUUUAUUGUUUAAUCCAAAAAGUUUUUCAAGGGAGCAACUCGAUAGAGUCAGAAGUUGUGGAUCGAUUGGUGGUGGUACUGGUGGAGUCGCGGGGGUUUGCAGCGGUUCCAUCGAGGAGAAAAUCUGGAGCAACAGGAGAAGAUCGUCAGUACCGGAUGCCAAUACGAGAGGAGAAUCUGGAGCAUCCGCUGGUGACGAGGAUACCGAGGAUGAAUUGGAAUACAGUGGCGAUCCAAGAGCUACAACACUUCCCAGAGGAAUGCAACCUGCGGCUGCGGCAUCAGCUGCAGCAACCAAUUCUCUGCCACGAUUGCCAGCUUCAACAAUAUCUGUGGGACAAACGUCAAAUUCACCGAUGCAUAAAGCACAUAGCGUUUAUCAUUUUCUGCCGCAACAUACGAGUGUCAAAUCCGCGAGAUAUCGACCGCCUGGUUUUGCGAGAAACAGUGGUGCUUCUGGACCAAAAAGAGCAGUCAGUGCACCGGGACUUCAACUCACUGGCUCUCAGGCAUCAUCGGCAAAACGCGAGAAUUCGCGAUCGAGACGACAACAAGCCAUCUCCAUCAAUAGUGAUGACGGCAGCAGUUUAUCUGAAGCUUGCAGCACGCCUAUUAUUGGAGCAGGAUCAAGAACAAAAUCCAGCCAUGCGGUUAUGGACAUGGAUGAUAUCGAUCGCAACUUACAUUCUGGACAUCUUGCUACUCGAGCUUCUCUUUCGAGCUUAGGGGCGAGAUCCGAUUCCAUGGCUUCGGUAUAUAGUGGAGCGGGUGAAGGAAGGUGGUGUGGUUCAGUGGCUGUUCGUGGAGAAGUCGAAUUUUCUCUUCAAUACGAUUACAAGCAACUUACAUUUGAGGUUCACGUGACUCAGUGUCGGGAUUUAGCACCAGUUGACGUCAAACGUAAUCGAUCUGAUCCAUACGUAAAAGUCUAUCUUCUUCCUGACAAGUCCAAGAGUGGGAAACGUAAAACCAAAGUGAAAAAACACACUUUGAAUCCCGUUUUCGACGAGACAUUAAAGUUCCACAUGAGUCUGAAUGGUCUGGAAACGAGGACUUUGUGGCUAACUGUUUGGCACUCGGAUAUGUUCGGUCGAAACGAUUUUCUUGGCGAAGUUCGAAUGCCCUUGGAGAAUAAAAUUUUCGAUGAUCCACGACCACAAUGGUAUCCACUCCAAGAGCGGACUGAACCCUUCGACGACCCAAUCGCUUACAAAGGCGAGGUUAUUGUCGGAUUGAAAUUCGUUCCACCGGAUCCCGCUCAACAGGAACGAGAACGUGAAAUGGCAACCGAUUACCGUGGCAAAAUGAGAAAAAACUGGAGCCGAGGCGCUCUUCAUGUCCUUGUGAAAGAAGCGAGAAAUCUACAGACACGAGCAAAACAUACCGGCUCCUGCGAUCCAUUUUGCAAGAGUUACCUUCUGCCAGACAAAGGUCGUUCGGGAAAACAAAAAACUGGCGUUGUACGACGAUCAGGCGGCUCACCCGUUUGGAAUCAUACGUUUAUUUAUAAAGACGUGAGUCUUCAGGAGUUGGCAGAACGAGGCCUCGAACUCACUGUUUGGGACCACGAUCGUAUCGCGAGUAAUGAGUUCUUAGGUGGCGUGCGAUUUAAUCUCGGCACUGGAAAACAUUAUGGAAAACUAGUCGAUUGGAUGGAUGCAACGGGACGAGAAUUGUCCCUCUGGCAAAGUAUGUUGGAGAGACCAAAUUUUUGGGUGGAAGGAGCAGUCACAUUGAGACCUAAUCUUCAUAAUCACGAAUUUUACAUGGGAAACUAGUGCCUUCUGGAUUAUUCGACCAAUGUUGCGCGAUGCCCUAGAAAUUUUGAUAUCUUCGAUCUCCAGUGAAAAGAAUUCACUUUCCUCUUCUCUAUAAUAAAGGUAAAAUAAUUAAAUUUAGUAAAUUCUGAGGAGUAAGCAAACAAAGUUUGAUAAAUCAAUUUUAUAAAAAAUGAUUUAUCGUGUUUUGUUUGCUUACACCUCAUUUAAAUAACUAUUUCAAUAAAUAUUGAAAUUUUACAAAUUCAAAAAAUUUAUAAAGAUAAAUUUAAUUUAUCUAUAUUUUUUCGUUCCAUGAUGAUAAAAUUCUAAAAGGUAAAUGGGUUUUUUUUUCACCGGGGAAUAGACUUUGUUCUUUAAAAAGAUAAUUAAAGUAAACUUUAGGAGAAUAUUUACGUGAAUAAUGAAAUAAAACAUUUGUGAUGUUUAUUUUGAUUUAUUAACGAUAAUAUAACUUCGGGCAAUGCAAUAAAAUGCCACGUUUAUAUUAGAUAAAGUAAAAUUAAAAACAAAAAAAUACUAGCCAUUAGAUAAUUAAUAUACGUGUUUCGUAUGCGAUAUGAAAUUGAAAUGAAAUUUUCUAACAAUGCACCAAGGGAAUGGCAAUUUUUGUAAUCUUUAUCUAAUGAAAUCAUACAUAUAUAUAUAUAUAUAAAAAGAACAAUUUUAGAAAGUUCUUCGUCUAGGAAUUGUAAAAAUGCUGUGUUAGUAACAUGUGCCAAUUGUAUACUGAGAACCAAACUUUUUUGAAUAAUUACCAAAAUUUCCAUAUAAUAAGUGCAUUGUUAGAGAUAUUUUGUUAUUUAAAGUAGAAGAAAAUUUCUUAAAUUUCAAUUUAUCGAGAAAAAAAAGAAUUGAAUUUUUUUCAAUCACAUCCGCUUUUUAUAGAAAUUUUCUAAUUGAGAUAUAAAUGUGAAUGUAUGUUGAAUAUUUUGAUUCAUCGUGGCCAAUGGGGAAUUUAUCUUCACAAUGUGUGUGAAAAAAUAAAACUGUUCUCGUUAGUUAAUAUAAAAAAAAAAAAAAAAAGUGGACAGUUUUCUCUCUAAAUGAGAAAAAGACAUGCUUCCAUUUUAUACGUUAUAUAGAAAAUGAAAAAAAAACAAUCUCUCUAAAAUACAUUUUUGUCUAAGAGACGUAAAUCAUUGUAUUUAAAAACUAUUUAAAUACCCUGGAUUUUCAUUUAAAAUAGAUUUAUUUAUAAUAUAAAAUAGAUAUACAUAUAAAAUUAUAAAAAAUUAUUAUCCAUAUACAAAAAUCGUUGUAUACUUCUUAAAAGUAGUAAAAAUAUCGUCGUAAUAUUGAUAAUAAUUCGUGAAAAAAAAUAACAACAAUUAAGUAUUAAAAUAAAAAAAAAAUAAAAAAUAGUACUUAAAUUUGCAGAACAAACGAAAAUGCAAGGCUGAGUCGAUAAAUUAGUACCUUAAUUAAGAAUAUUGUACUUAAUAUUUCGUUGAGUCUCUCAGUUUAAGGAAUGCAGUUAUCAAUUAUAUAUAUAAAAUAUUUGUAUUUUAGAAUUUAGAUAGUUUCAUUUAUAAAGAUAAUUCUUUAAUGAAUUAUUCGUGAGAUAAUAUUAUUAUCGUUUUAAACAGGGUGGUUCGUUAAAAACGAAAAAGAAAACAACUGCCUUCGAUGAAUUUUUAUGCGUAUCAAUUUUAUUGAUAUUUCCAAGUUAUUCUUUAUUAUUGCAUGCUGUACGACUUUUAUCGAAUAUAUUAUUAAUUGAGAAAAAAAAAUAUACGUCGUACGCUCAAUUGGAAUUGUUGUUUGUUAUCUGGUACCAAAUCGUGAAUGCUCACGGCUCUAUAGUACUAUACAUUCCUUUAUUAUUGUAUAAAAAAAAGGAUGGAAUAAGAUUGUUUAUUUAUAUUCCAUUUUGUCGAUGUACAAUGAAAAAAAUAAAAUCUUUUGUACCUUCA